AUGCCUCCAAAGAAGGCUCCUGUGCCAGAGAAGAAGGUGCUCCUUGGACGUCCAGGAAAUAAUUUAAAGAUCGGGAUCGUGGGAUUGCCCAAUGUAGGGAAAUCAUCGUUCUUCAAUGUACUUUCAAAAACUGAUCUAGGCAAGGCAGCAAACUUCCCUUACGCCACGAUCAAUCCAGAAGAGGCACGGAUACCUGUCCCGGACCCACGCGUCGACUGGCUAGCAUCCUUGUAUCAAUCAACCAACAAAAUCCCCGCCUUCCUUACAUGUAUCGAUAUCGCCGGACUUACUGCUGGCGCUUCGACUGGUGCUGGUCUUGGUAACGCUUUCCUUUCCAAUGUCAGGGCCGUGGAUGGUAUCUUCCAAGUCGUUAGGGCAUUCGACGAUGCAGAAGUCAUCCACGUUGAAGGCGAUGUUGACCCUAUUCGAGAUAUGGAAAUAAUUUCUAAAGAAUUACGACUGAAGGACAUCGAGUGGGUCGAGAAGAUUUUGGAAGUUAAGAAGAAAGGGCCUGCACUUAAUGCGAAAAGUUUGGCCGAUAAAGCCAAGGCGGAGGAGAUCGCUACGCAAGAAAAGGUCCUAGGCUUGCUGAAGAACAAAGAUAUGGAUGUACGGAAAGGCGAGUGGACGAACAAAGAGAUCGAGCAUGUCAAUGCCCUGCAACUGCUCACCGCCAAGCCUGUAACCUACCUAGUAAACCUAUCAGAAAAAGAUUACAUUCGGAAAAAGAACAAAUGGUUACCAAAGAUCAAAGCAUGGGUUGACGAACACAACCCGGGGGAUCCCAUUAUUCCAUUCUCUGUGGCGCUGGAAGAGCGCUUAUUCAAUCUGACCAGCGACGAGGACCGAGCCGAAGAAGAGAAGAAAAUUGGUGUAACAAGCGCACUUGGGAAGAUCACAACCGCUGGAUACAGCAGUCUUCAUCUCAUUCGCUAUUUCACUGCUGGCCCUCAGGAAACGCGAGCAUGGACAAUACGGAAAGGGACGAAAGCGCCACAAGCAGCUGGCGUUAUUCACUCAGAUUUUGAGAAUAAGUUCGUGUGCGGGGAAAUCAUGACAUUUGAUGAUUUAAAGGAAUACGGCAGCGAGUCUGCAGUCAAGGCAGCGGGCAAGUACCGGCAGCAAGGACGAACGUAUGAGAUGAACGACGGGGACAUAGCGUAUUGGAAGUCUGGUGCCUGA